ACUGUAGAAUUCUGUGUUUGUUUGGAAAUACAUGUAAUUCAAAGUUUUCAAAGGACCUAUAGCGCACCGUGAAAUGCUUCCCAUAAAUCUUUUCAAAUUGGGUCUCACCGCUAUUCAUUUGCAAAUUAUAAUCAUACAUUGUGCACAUCCGGGUGCACGUGAAUAUUUGGGUGGUUUUAAUUGUUCUGAUGUCGUCAGAGAGCGAAAGAUCAUUUACUGCGUAAAUGUAAUCUGAUUCGCGGCACAGUAAGUCACUUGGUGAAUGUCGUACACCACUGCCUCCUCUUCGUUGAACUUCUAAGUACAUUUGGAUAAUCACUGUCUCAUUUAAAGGACUUCUCUGUCGAUUAAAAAAGCUGAUUUUUCACCAUGAUCUGUUAUCAUCGGAGCUUAAAAAAUGGAUAGAGGGAUUCUGAAAUUAUUUCUUCUAUUCAUCUUACUGGAUGCGCUUCCCCAUGUAUUAAGUAGAGGAAGGUUCUGUAACAACCCGUCCCCACCAAUUUGUGCCGACGAUUGCGAUGGGAAUGGCUACUAUGUCAGUGCAGAUGGGGCUUCAUGUAUCCGGUGUCCACAGUGUCCCGCUGGAGAGGAACUUAAUAAGGAUUGUGGGAACGGCUUAAAUGGGGAUGCAGCGUGCCAACCUUGUCAACAGGGUUUCUUUUCUUUAGACACCUCGAAGCGUUGCACCCCUUGCGUUACCUGUACCAAUACAGAGGAGGUCGAGACAUGUCAGCUAACACAGAAUCGAGUGUGUGGCGAAUGCCUUCCAGGCUUUGUCCGAACGUCUGGCCGCUUCUCGACAGACCCGAACGCCUGUCUGGAUAGGUGUUCGGACCUUCCCCGUGAUACCCCUCAGUGCAGAGAUUGGUGGGCAAACCAAGGGGAAGAACCAAGAGCGGAAGAUGCACCCCAGGAGAAUCUUCCUGUAGAUCUAGGCAGGCCUGCUGAAGAAGUGCCCCCAGAUUACCUUGACCACUGUGAGCCUGAACCUCCUUCGUGCAUUGAUCACUGUCACGAUGGAAACUUCUUCUUAGACUAUGAUGGACUUUGUAAGGCGUGUUUGACAUGUCAGCCAGGAGAACAACUUAAUAAGGUUUGUGGCAGAGGAAAGAAUGGUGAUGCUUACUGUCGACCAUGUCCCGAAGGAACGUUUUCAGAAGACGGGCUACAACGAUGUUCCCCCUGCCGAAUCUGCGUCAACACUGUUGCGACAGAGUGUACUGCUUCAAGGGACACCCAAUGCGGAGAAUGUCUUCCAGGAUAUUACCAAGACGCAGAUGGAUAUUUUCCCGAUAGCGGAGCCUGUCCGAACAAGUGCCCUGAAUGUCCUAACCACAUCCCUCAAUGUCAAGCAUGGUGUGAAUCAAAGAAGAAUUCCGAUCAGGUUCCUGGGAUUCCUGCAGUUCCUGGAGUGACUGUCGAAGAAGAUCCGCAGGAUCAAGUCGUACCGGAAGUGGCUACAGUUGCAGACAUCCCCCAACCCGAUACUGACGAUGAACUCAACGACGAGGUUAAACCUCUUUCGUCCGCACAUGGAACUUAUAUGAACAUCUUCAUAGUCAUUGGUUCCUUUCUCGCUGUCGUCAUCAUUGUCCUGAUCAUCGUCGUCAUCGUGUUCCGUAGCCUAUGGAAGAGGGGAAAUGGAUCGACUUCGUCCACUACAACUGAAACGCCGUUCAUACCAACCCCGAGUGGAACGCCCUCUCCUACUAGUUCUCCCUCCAGAUCUCCAACAACUGUCUACAAUCCAACAGUCUCUCCGAUUUCGCCUGAAGUCGGCUCCUGGGAAUUUAUGGAUUUUCUAAGGAAUUUCUCAAGUGGUGCUCUUCAGAGUCUUACUAACUCCAGACCCGUAAGUGGAGGAUCAACAGAUAUGCUAUCCGCAGCUUCUACCCCAACAAUGAAUCUCAACAGACGACUUUAUGCCAAUAACGACCUAAGGAGGCAUGCUAUUGAGAGGCAAAAGGGUGUUGAGGAUCCAUCUCAGUCAAUCCCAUUCCUCCUUCAACAACAGGGAGGUGUUCAAGCAGAGAGUCUAGUUGGUUCACACGGUCAUUUAACCCAGGACGAAAGAGAGGCAUAUCCAAAAGAGGCUGAAAGACAAUUUGAAAAAGACCAGAGACCGGUUACAGGAUUGGCUAACCAAAUGAACAAUUCUAGUACUUCGUCAGCGUCAGGGAAGGUUGUCACUGAGAAGGAAUCCGGGACUGUCCAUCCACAUAUAGAUGAUGUCAGCGAGGCCCCUGGGAGGGUUGUCCGCCGUCGCCGCUCUUCUUUAGGUUUAGCUCUAGUCCCAGUCGAGGGCAAUGCCGAGAAGAAAGCCGUGAAUGGACGCAAUGGGAAACAAGGGCGUGUGUCGGAGAGCGAAGCUGCAUUGUACCCUACGGAUUCUUCGAGUGACGACGGUCUCCACGCUGUGCAGGAAAUGGAUCACGAUUCGGCUGCAAUCCCGAAGGCGAUGUCGAUGGACCGAGAAAUGGAAAUCGCUGCUGUUUCACACAUAUCCGAAACCGAAGCCAAGAAGACCAAACCAAGAGAUCAAACGAGAAGAAAGAUGGGUGUACCAGUGCCAAGGAAGAAUCUCGAUGAAAAUUCGACUCAGACGAAUGCUGUUGCCAUUCCAGACGACGGGAGAACCCCCGGCGGUAAGUCACCCGGUGAAACCAACGUCAAUAUCCAAAUCACUUUGGCCACAAAGGACGUCGAGACCGUCCACAUCGGCGAUGUACACAACAAACGAGACUGCCAUACCUGCGGCCAACGGGCUUUCACAUCAGAACCACACAACGAAGACAAUGAAGCCGACAUCGACGGAGAAAAUGAAAAAUUGCUCAACGAAUGUAUGACUUCUUCCCAAUCUGACACUGGUUAUGUUGCUAGUAAUGGUGUAAGCCCUGGCAAUGGCGACACGGAAGACGAUGUCGGCGAGCAGGGCAAAUUGCUUGAUCCUACAUCUCGAUAGAUAUUUGUCCACGUGUCCAUAUUUCCAGCUCGUAUAAACUUGAUUUAUAUCGAUGAAUACAGGCUCACAACCAAUUCUAGUAUUUUUAUUACCAGGAAUGUAUUUAUGCAUUGUAUGGCACCAUUCCUAAGUCUAGUCUAGUUAGAAAUUCGUCCAAAUUCAUAAAUAGUUUCUGAAAACGGAUGCGGUGCCUAGUUUGGCGCCGUCAACACCAAAUCUUAACCGAAGGUUAAGUUUAUGAAAUGACAACAAAACGUAGAAAGUAUAUGGACCUAGUUCAUGGAACUUGACCAUAAGGUUAAUCAAGUAUUACUGCACAUAUUGUCUUAGUUUCAGGUCACAUGACCAAGGUCAGAGGUCAUUUAGGGUCAAUGACUUCAGACCAUGUUGGGGAAUCAACAUCAAAAUCUUAACCUAAGGUUAAGUUUUUGAAAUGUCAUCAUAACUUAGAAAACAUAUGGACCUAGUUCAUGAAACCUGGACAUAAGGUUAAUCAAGUAUUACUGAACAUCCUGCUUGAGUUUCACGUCACAUGAUUAAGGUCAAAGGUCAUUUAGGGUCAAUGAACUUUGGCCAAAUUGGGGGUAUCUGUUGAAUUACCAUCAUAACUUUUAAUUUUAAUAGAUCUGAUUCAUGAAACUUGGACAUAAUAGUAGUCAAGUAUCACUGAACAUCCUGUGCGAAUUUCAGGUCACAUGACCAACGUCAAAGGUCAAUGAACUUUGGCCAUGAUGGGGGUAUCUGGUGAAUUGCCAUCAUAACUUUAAAAGCUUAUGGAUCUGAUUCAUGAAACUUGGACAUAAGAGUAAUCAAGUAUCUUUUAAUAUCCCGUUCGAGUUUCAGGUCACAUGACCAAUGUCAAAGGUCAUUUUAGGUCAAUGAACUUUGGCCAUGUUGGGGUAUUUGUUGAAUUACCAUCAUAUCUGUGUAAGUGUAUUGGUCUAGUUCAUAAAACGUGGACAUAUUGAGUCAUCAAGUAUCACUGAACAUCUCAUGCGAGUUUCAGGUCACAUGACGAAAGUCAAAGGUCAUUUAAGGUCAUUGAACUUUUGCCAUUUUAGAGGUAAUUAUUAGAUUGCUGUCAUAACUUUCAAAGUCUAUAGAUAAAGUGCAUGUAUAAAAUAUGAAUAUAGGGGUAAUCAAGUAUCUCUGACAAGUUUUAGGUCACGUGAUAAAGGUCAAAUAUCAAUGAACGUAGUAUUGUAUCAUUAUAUGAUUGGUGUUUUUUGUGAAUCAUUAUUUUAUAGUACUUGUCAAAGUCAGCACUGAUGCUAUAUUGAAUCGCGUGAUGCAGGUGAGACCGCCAGGGGCAUUCCACUUGUUACAUUAUUCUAUCAAUAUUCUUAAAUAAUUAAUGAGUAUUCCUGCAAGUUUAGAAACCAAUGACAAAGUUGAGUCAAUAAAACUACCUGAUGAUACUGUUUGGUUAAAUUUUUCAAACUUGUUUUUUUUUUACUAUCAUAUUUUGACUAGGGUUAUCAAGGCAAGUGUACAGUAAGAUGGUAAUCAUGGUAAUGUGGUUUGUAUUUAUUUUACCUUCAUAUCGCAUGGCAUGUCUUAACUGUUUUGAUCUAGCAUAGCAGGAAUUGUGUGUCUGAAUGUAUUAAAUUGUAUUGAAGUGCUGCAUUACUAUUUUAAAUAGUCUGCAUAAGAUUUACUUAAUGGGCUAGAUGAAAGGUUCCUAUCUAGGACACUGCCUUAAAAUAUCUAUCGAUGUCGAUCAGUUUUUAAUUCUCUUGUCCUCAGUCGUUAUUUUCAUAGAAAAAUAAGGACAACAUUUAAACUUAUAUUCUUUAAUCUUUUAUUCUUGACAUGCUGUAUCAACAUAGUUUAUAUGUAUAAUGUAGUUAGAGGCCGUGACCACUCCCGCCAACAGUGAUUAUCAAACAAUCGUAGUGCUAAAUAAAAUCAUCGAAUUCGGAUACAAAAUAUGACAUUUUUAAGUAAAGAUAAAUAUACUUAAAAAAAUAUUCGUCACUGCGAAUUAUUAUGAAGGCUGAUUUUACUGUAAAAAAGUUUAACAAUUCUCGGGGACUCAUUUUAAAUAGACAAGUAAUACCAGUGGCUGAUCUAGCUUUUUGCCAAGAAAGGUGGGGGGGGGGUUGACAGGUUGGUUUGACCCGAUAACGAUGAGUUGCGGCGUAAUGCGUCCUAUACCCCCCGGACUGUUUUGCUUACGCGACUCUCUUAAACAGGAAAGGGGUGUUGGAGUUUGAUCCCAAACUCCUUUCUUUUAAUUAUUUUUAUUAAGCCCGGGGGGGGGUGUAAGCCCCUAACCCCCCCUAUAGAUUCGACACUGAAUUCCACACACUCCCCCUAGAUCCGUCAUUUUUAGAUAUGUCCAACUGUCCAUCAUAUUUAUUCUGGACUAAACAAUUUAUUUUAUAAAUGAUUAUCAUGCUGCCUGUGUAUAUUAUGAUGUAAUUAGAGUUUAUUUUUUGCCAUAAUGUUAGUUGCAAUCCCACAGUUUUGUAAACUAUGAUGUAAGUUCUUAAGUUUUUCUUUUAAGGUAAGUUUUUGUUUUAAGGUAAGCCUAUAUAUUAACAUAGCUUUCCUUAUUAAUGUGCAUAUGAAGAAUGUGAUGAGGAAUGAUCGUUUUGUUACCAAUUUAUCCAACGAAAACUUUGUUACUAUUCAAUUGAAAUUGUGGGGUUUUUUAAUGUUCAACAUUUUGUUUAAAUGAUGAUCUUACUCAGAAUCAUGUAAAUGAAAAAAAGUAAAAUGCCAGCAGUCGGGUGGAUAAUAAAAUAUUAAUUAAAAAUGUUUCGGUCUCAGCAUCUAUGUUCUUCACCACUUGCCUUCUUAGGGCUUCUUGUCCAGUGCAUUUGGUGCCCAUAUGAUAUCUAAUUGGGACUGCGGUUACUUUGUGUUUAGAUCUUGGGAUUAGUGAAAACGACUAAUAUAAUGUGUUCAUUUUGGGAUCAUUCAGAAUAUGUUCGUAUUGUACUGAGCUGCUGAAAAACGUCUUACAGGGUAGUUUUCUAUGCUUUGCUCACAAAUAAUUGUAGGCGACAAUCAUCUAGACGAUUCGUCGGUUCCUGUCUUUCAGUUAGAACUUGUGGACGUGCCUUGCCCGAGUGAGCUAAUCGCGCCUGACUAGACAUUUGGAAGUGUGCAUUUGUUUUUUUGUGUGUUUUUUUUUUUAAGAAAUCAAGAGUCAUAACACACACCCUCAUCCACUCAUGCGUCCAUGCAAUUUCUUUACCCCGAUAUUGUUUAAAAUAGAUAUUUAAUUUCAGAUGAGCCUUAAUAAAUCUUUAUAAAUCAAUAUAAUAUGCACAAUUAUAAUAGUACAGGGGCCCGUUUCGUAAAGAGUUACUGUUGUAACUUUGCCAUUAUGGCAACUACCAUGGUAACCUUGAUUUUGACUGGCUGAUGAGCCCUGUUGCCAUGGGAGUUGCCAUAACGGCACAGUUACAACAGUUGUAACUCUUGAUGAAACGGUUCCUCAGGUCUUCAUUAUGUUAUUUUGUGUUUAUGGGCUAUUGGGACAUAUUUUCACUAAACGCAAACUCUGUGGUACGGAAUACAUUGAAAAUAAUGGUAGUGGAAAAAAAUUAUUUCUAAAGGAGAUGAACAUCUCUAAUGAUUAAAUGUAUUGAAAAUAGAUGGAAAGAACUGCUGAAAAUUAUUCAAAUUAUUUCUAAUGAUCAAUUAUAUUAGAAGUAGAUCUAAAGAACUGUUGAAAAUUAUUCAAAUGAUUUAAAAAUCCAAAAUGGUUCAAGUUUCAAGCAAAAGAAGAAUGAAAAAGCAUUUAGAUAUAUUAAUAUGUAAGUUGUUUCACUAUAUUAUGUGUAUUUAGUGUCACAUUAAAAUAAUUAAUAUAAAAAUAAACAACCAAACUAUCA